AAAACUGUCAAAACUAUUUACAAAAAAAUAAAAUGGCUAUCGGAGUAGAUACUUCAAAAUGGAAACCUAGAAAAAUAAAAGGAACUCCUGCUGCGAAAUUUAGGAAUGCCAUUGGUCUUGGUAUUAUAAGUUUUGGAAUCAUAAGCGGCCUAAUAUUUCAUUAUUCGAGUGUCACGGAAAACUUAAGAAAAGCCACUGAGGUUUUGUAUGAAGAUCCUAUAGAAGAAGUCGAAAGGAAGCUUAUGAUAGCCAGUGGAUUGCCUAACAGGACAGGAGAAACUAUACGCCGUUAUGAAAAAGAAAUGUCCAGGGUCGACAGACCAGACGCUUAAACAAAGUGAUGAAUGUAAAUAUUGCAAAAUUAGCUAGUAGGUAUGUAUUAAAUGUGUUUUUUCGAUUUUAAUUGAAUAAAUAUUUAUUCAUAAUUUACAUACUUUGUUUUAAUUGUUACCAGCGAAAAUUCAAGUCCAUGUAAAGUUGAAAGCAAAUAUUUCGCAAGCAAUCGUGUUAUGGAUGAGAGUUUAUCAGAUUUCAGAGAAAAGAAAUCAGCAGUUGCGGGACCGAAGUCUUGUGUAAAUCCACCAGUAAACAGAAAUAAAGCUAAAAGAAGUUCUAAAAGAAUAAAAGGACAAAAAGAUAUACGGGCUGCCCUUAAAAGUAAUAGCGAUAAUGAUUUGUUGAAAUAUACCCAAGAAUUUGAUAAAGUAUGCAAAAAGUCAGGACUAGAUGUAGAUACAGAACAACUCUUGUUGGCUGUUGCGCUAUCAAAAUCACUUCAAAAAACUGAUCACGGUGAGCCUACCUCUAUACAGAAUUCAUCUUCUCAGAGAACAGGUAAAAUUAGAACUACUUUACAAGAGUAUGGAUUCACAGUACCAGAAAUAAAAAUAAACAAAAAAUCGCAAAAAACUAGGAAGAACUAUAAAUUACUACUCUGUACUGCUGCUGAGAAGCAACAAAUUAUUGCUGAUAAAUAUACACAAGUACUUCUUAAUGUGAUUGAGUUUAAACAGAGUGACCAUAGUCAGUCUGACUAUUCCGACAAGAAGUUGUAUUUUAAAGCAACUAAUAUUCCUUACAAAGAAAUUAAAAAUAAUGAUGCUUUUUAUGUUGGAAACUUACUAGAAAAAUCUUCAAGUACUGGAAAUUUGCUAAGGAACUGGUCUGAUAUACCGGGUAGACCAGUCAGCCCUACCUACAGUAGAAAUAUGAAUAUGGAUUUCAGUGCAAUAGAAUGUUCACAAGAUGAACUUGAUAUAGUUCUUAGUGGCACAUUGAAAUCUACUAAAAAUGUUAUUAAUAAAAAAGUGAUACCACUUUCUACUGAUCACCCAAUGAUCACUGCUAAUGAAAUUACUAAACGUAAAAUGCUUCCUGAUACAAUUGAAGAUCAAAGUAUUUGUGAUAAUGAUGGCAGAUGUGAAGAGAAUACCAAAAAUAAAACUGAAACACAAAACCAAAAGUGCUCUUUAAGUAUACCUUCAGGUAACUCUGUCUCAAGCACAAUAAGUAACAUCACUAGAAGUUGUUCUCCUGAUAUGUUUGAUGAUGAAGCAACUAGUAUUCUAGUUGAUACAGAAGAAAAUAAAAAUUUUGUGUAUAUAGAAUUAAUUGAUACCAUUAUUGAAGAGAAAAGCAAACCUGUUUACUUUAUGGACUUGACUCAAAGCACUGAUGAUAAAUUAAGCAAAAGUUUAAAGAAUUCUCAGAAUAUUACUAGAAAAAACUCUAAUGAUCUAAUGGAAAUUACUGAAUGUGUUGCAUUUUCUGCUAUACCUAAAGCUGAAGUCAUAAAUCAGUCUUUACGAGAAGAAAAUUUAAAAGUAUUAAAUGAUGAUAAAAAUUCAAUUAAUCUUUCAAAGCCUUUUCAAAGUGAUAAAACUAGGAGGAUAUCUAAUGAUUUUAUGGAAAUAACUGAAUGUAUUGUCACAAAGUCAGAUAUAAAGUCACUUAAAACAAGAGUUGAUCUUACUCAAAAUUCUAAUGGUUAUCACCGUGAAACAGAAAUGACUAGCAAACAUUCAAAUAACUGUUUAAAUAAAUCUCAAGCAAUCACUGCAAUAGUUAAACUACCUACUUUUGAAGAAAAUGGAGGCAAUGAUGUGUCAUUAGAUGAUACUAUAAUAUUAAAUGAUGACGAAAUUGACAGUGCAUUGAAACCUUCAGAAACUGUAGGCCAACAGCCUUCAAAUAAAGAAAAUCUAGAUGAUCAGUUAUCACAUAAAGUAUGUGAAGAUUACAUAAAUGACUACAGUAUAAAAACAAGUCAAAGCUUCUUUGAUGAAUUUGAAGUAAAUCAUUCAGAUGACAUGAGUGAACAUAUAACGUCUGUAGAAUCAAAGUCCCCCAGUAAAGAUGACUGUGAAAUAGAUUUAACACAAAGUUCUGAUUCAGCUACGGAAAUACUGUCUACAAAAGAAUCUGCAUCAAAUAAAUUGGACAUGAGUAGUUUGGGAAAAAGGGAUGAAGUCUCAGUUGAUUAUGAUUACUUAUAUGAUGAUAUUGUACAGUAUAGUAAAAAUAAUACUCAAAAUACUAGUGAUUUAUCUCAAAAGUCAAAAGCAAUGACAAAUGAAAGGACUAACAAUAGUGAAGUAUCAUCUCAAAACUCGAAUCAGGAUUCUGUAGUAUUUGAAUUAUGUGAUCAGGAAUUAAAUUAUUCAGUAAAUAAAUCCAAAAGUUAUAUUCCUUGGGAAAAUUUUGGAGGCUUAUCGGUUAUGGGUGAUUUACCUAAAUUAGAAAGUUCUAAAUAUUUAGAAGGUACAAAAGAACAAGAAUAUAAUUUUCCUAUGGAAAAUUCUAUGACAGAGAGUUUUUUGCCUGAUAUUGAAGUCAAAGGAACUAAUAAACCUAACCUUAAACCAGUGUCAAAUAUGACACCUGAAAAUAAUUUAAACAAAGCAAAAUCUGUUUCUGUAAUAACACCAAUGUGUUCCAAUUAUAUUGUCAAAACUGAUAAUGUCACUCCAAUGUUAGACUAUGCAUCAAUGUCAACCCCUCAGAGAAAUAGUGAACUAGAAAAAUAUGGACUAAAACCAUUCAAAAGAAAAAGAGCUGUUCAACUAUUAACACAUUUAUAUAACCAGACACAUCCACUUGUUCAGUCUUCUACAGAAGAUGCUUUGUCGCCUUCUAAAAAGCGAAAACGCUGUGAUCCAUAUCCCAAGAACAGUGUAAAGCCACCAAAAGAAAAUAUAAUUUCGACUGAUAAGGAAAAUAAUCUGUAUGAAGUGACAAACGAAGUUCCAGAUAUAAAAGACAUAAAAUGCUUAGAAGAGGAUUGGGUUUUUCAAAAACGAGAAAAGUCGAAGAUAUCUUCAUGUCGUGUCCCACUGCAUAUAGCGUUCCAUAACUACGUUUCUUGCCGGAGUUUAUUAAGAGAAGCCAUUCUGCGGUACGAACCGGUCAACAUAGACGAAAUACAUAAAGGACUAGUGUCUACGGGCUACAGAUAUGACCCUAAGGACCUAUUACGUUUCAUGGACAAAAAAUGUAUAACAGUGAAGACUGUCGACAAUGCGGCUAGAAAUACCAAGAGAUUAAAUAAUUAAACCCAAUCAUGAAAUGAAUAUUAUUAAAAAUUAUUAUGUUAAUAAACACUACAAAUUUUAUACAUCUACGAAAACAUGGUCUAACUGGGGGUUAUGUGGAUAUGUAAUUGUUAGUUCGUUUCUAAACUAGCAAUAAAUUAAUAUUAGAAUAACCUGAUUUUUUUCAUUUAUUCUUUUCUACAUUUUUUUAUUAUAUUUUCUAUUUUAUGGCUUCUGCCGCCCUUCCGUUUAAAAGGAGGGCAAUCCCAUCCACAGCCUAUCUUAGUCCACUGCUGGCCGGCCUCUCCAAUUGCACGUCACUGAUAUCGAUCUUGGGCUACUCGCAUCCAGCUCCUGCCACCCUUGCGCAAAUAGUCACUCCACCGUGCCUGAGGACGUCUUAUACUACGUUUGCCUAGACGCGGUCCCACUGCAGAACUCGUCUACCCCAACGGUUAUCGGUUCUGCGGCAAAUAUGGCCAGCCCACUGCCAUUUCAACUUCCUAACCGGGUGGGCUAUGUCCAUAACUCUGGUUCUCUGUUGGAUCACCUCAUUUCUGAAGCGAUACUUCAGAGAAACGCCGAGCAUAACCCUUUCCAUAGCGCGCUGAGCGGCUUUGAACUUCUGGACCAGCCGUACCGUCAGUGUCCACGUUUCGGCUCCGUAUGUCAUCACAGGUGGGACGAACUGAUUGAAGACUCGUCUUUAGGCACUGUGGGAUCGACGAUGGCAGGACUCGAUGUAGCUUCCCAAACGCUGUCCAACCCAGCUUAAUUCUACUAUUCACCUCGUCCUCCAAGUAGUUUCUGCCUAAUUGCAACUUCUACCCGAGGUACACAUAUUUUUAAACAACCUCGAGAGCGGCACCGUGUAUUGCAAUCGG